AUGCCUCCGUCUGUAGCUCCAGGAUCCCGCCACCUCCCGCCCCUCGGCCUCCAGGCUCACCCCCCUCCUACCCCCUCCCCACCCUUGAAGCUCAGCGCACCAGGCGACCUCCCGAUCGCCGCCCCCACCACUUCGGACUCCGCCUUCUGCGCUUCGGCUGGGCCCACACGCCAGGUUCCCGGGUCUGAGUCCAGCCUUGAUUCACUCGGGCUCGAGGACACCAGCUCGGCUUCCCCGGUCUGGGCUCUCAGCACCGGAUCACGCUCCCGGCGAGCAUUUCCAGCUCCUCUGCCUUCACUGCAGACCCGGCAGGCUGAGGGCACCGAUUCGAGGAGGCGACGCAGGCCCGGGAAGGCGCGAGGGCAGACCGCACUCACCGAACCGCUGCUAGGUCCGUACCGCAGGACAGGACGCUUAGCUUUGAUCCCACCAGCACAACCACAGCCAGCGCAGCCUACCGCCCGCCCGGCCCCGCCCACUCGGGCCCGCCCACCCCACCCUACCCCCACCCAGCACCGCCCACCGCCCGCCGGGCUCUGUUCACAUCUCCGCUCCUUCCUGGUGUCUCCCUCCCCCAAAAUCCCCUCCUCCCGCACGCGGGUCGCGAUUUGUCUCAGCCCUGGCCGAAGCCCCGCCCUCUGGAGCCCCGCCGCGCAGCCCCUUUUCCCGCAGGCCACGCCCCCAUGUGACCACGCCCCCCGCGUGGGGGUUUAA